AUGUGGGCACGACUAAAGAAGUACAUUGACGAGCAUAUCUACCCGGUCAUGGUGCAGAUGGCCCAAGCGCGUGGUCAUCAUAUCGUGCAUGUCGCGCCAGAAUUCUCCGAGCUGCAGCCCAUCGAGCUGAUCUGGGCGAACGUCAAGGGCACCGUUGGCCGAGCCUAUACGUCAGACACAACGUUUCAAGAUGUCUACAAGCGCCUCGACAAUGAAUUCUAUCACCUGGACUCCGAGACCAUCAAGUCCACGAUCGACAACUCGACAGCCAAGCUCAUUGCGCUUGAAAAAGCACUCUGCCAGGCGGAAGAGGCGGCUGCCAUGGUCUCUAUUGUAUCAGGUCAUAGCGAUGGGGAUAGUGAUACGUCUUCAUCAUGUGAUGAAAGUUCCGUUGGGUCAAGCGAUGGCGGCGACUCUAUCGCGAGCGACGUUGAUGAUCACCCAUAUUAG